GCCAUGGUCCCUAUAAAUAACCUCAGGAGUGACGCCGAGUUCUAGAUUCUAGCAAGAUCCUUGACCAUGAGGUGGAUCCUGUUUUUCGGUGCCCUUUGGGGGCAUAUCUACUGUCGAGAAACAUUUGUGGGAGACCAAGUUCUUGAGAUCAUACCAAGGAAUGAAGAACAAAUGAAAACUCUGGCGGAACUGGAGGCUGAGGAAGAUCUUCAGCUCGAUUUCUGGAAAUCACCCACCACACCAGGGGAGACAGUCCAUGUCCGAGUGCCCUUUGUCAGUGUCCAGGCAGUGAAGGUUUUCUUGGAAUCCCAGGACAUUGCUUACUCCAUCAUGAUUGAAGAUGUUCAGGUUCUGUUGGACAGAGAGCAUGAAGAAAUGUUAUUUAAUCAGAGAAGAGAACGGAAUGGUAACUUCAACUUUGAGGCUUAUCACACCUUGGAAGAGAUUUCCCAAAAAAUGGAUGACCUCGUGGCUGAGUACCCCGAUCUAGUGAGCAAAGUGAAUAUUGGUUCCUCUUUCGAAAAUCGGCCCAUGAACGUGCUCAAGUUCAGUACCGGAGGAGACAAGCCGGCCAUCUGGCUAGAUGCUGGGAUCCAUGCUCGAGAGUGGGUUACACAAGCGACUGCACUGUGGACAGCAAAUAAGAUUGCCUCUGAUUAUGGAAACGAUCCAUCCAUCACAUCCAUUUUGGACACAAUGGAUAUCUUCCUGCUGCCCGUCACAAACCCCGAUGGAUAUGUGUUCUCUCAAACCAAAAAUCGCAUGUGGCGGAAGACCCGGUCCAAAGUAUCUGGAAGCCGCUGUGUGGGUGUUGAUCCUAACCGGAACUGGGACGCAGGUUUUGGAGGACCCGGAGCAUCCAGCAAUCCUUGCUCUGAUUCAUACCAUGGACCCAGUGCCAACUCCGAAGUUGAAGUGAAAUCCAUAGUGGACUUCAUCAAGAGUCACGGAAAAGUCAAGGCCUUCAUUACCCUCCACAGCUACUCCCAGCUGCUGAUGUUCCCCUAUGGGUAUAAAUGCAGCAAGUUAAAUAACUUUGAUGAGCUGAAUGAAGUGGCCCAAAAGGCCGCCGAAUCUCUGACAAGCCUGCAUGGCACCAAGUACAAGGUGGGACCUAUCUGCUCAGUCAUCUACCAAGCCAGCGGAGGAAGCAUUGACUGGGCCUACGACUCUGGCAUCAAAUACUCGUUUGCCUUUGAACUGAGAGACACGGGUCGGUACGGCUUCCUCCUGCCUGCCAAGCAGAUCCUGCCCACCGCCCAAGAGACCUGGCGUGGCUUGAAGACCAUCAUGGAGCACGUGCGAGACCAUCCCUAUUAGGGUCGUGGGGGAACAAACACCAUUAAAACUCUCUGGCUUGAAGCAAA